AUGAUUGGACGGGAAGUUUGUAUAUCAAAUCGCAAUCCGUACGAUCUGGGAAUGCAAAGGACGAAGGUGGGCGUUACGAGGAAACAUCCGAGCGUAACUGCAACGAACUUUAUCCAGUUAGCCUCAAACGCCAUUGAACCAACAUCAAGGUGUAGCAAGUGCAGCGGAUGCUCAUGGACGAGCUCGUACUAUCGAUUACCAAAUUUCAGCGUAAAGAUCUUACGGCGCAAGCCCGUUGGCUCUUUGUUUAGUCCUGAGUUCUCACUGAAGCGCUCUCCUGGAUUUUUCAUUACCGAAACCGCCAUCCAGCUCCGACAGAUCCAUGACGAACCGGGCGAGGGUCACGAGUUGAAGCGACGCAAGUUGGUCGGCUGUCGACUUCGCCGCCGUUGUUGCAUCUUCAAGGCUUCUCUCAUGGAAUCGGCGGAUGAAAGGAGGUUAAUAACUGAGAAUGUCAAAGGAAAAGCCGGUUACGACUCAACGAUUGGACCACCCGAAGGAUUUCGUUGGUGGCAAGGAUAUCAUGAGGUCGGGUUAUCCCCCGAUCUCAUACUCGUGCCUAACGCCGGAGGGCUGAUCUAUCGUUAUAGGCUUCUUCGUGCCCAGCGAGGACGCUCAUCAGCAUGA